AUGAUUAAGUUUUGUACAAGUGUGUUGUGUUUGAUUGUAUUAUGUAUGAAAGUGACUGCAUACAAGAAGUUUUAUUUACCCAACAGCAUUUGCCCACAUUUUUGCAAGUUCCGCACUACGUCUAAAUUCGAUAAAAAUGCACACUUGUUCGAUUGGGAGACUUGUUAUCCGACUUCAUACGAGAACGAACAAAGUAAUUCAGAAAACAACAGAUUAAAGAACGGUUGUCCGGUUGUACCUACAUGUAACGAUGACAGUUAUGUUAAUUGUGUAUGUUGGGGAAUAUACGGAUUGUAUGUUGGCAAUUUGACUCAGCCAAUAUGUAAAUUUAGCCGAGAAGAAGUGGAACUUCGCAGUCGGCCUAGUCAGAAACUAGGUAAUAUGCCUGUUAAGGAUCAAAAGAAAAAACCCGGUCAAGUUAUCACCAAUACUGCAGACACCAUCAAAACCAAACUUAAUUCAACUGUAAAUAUGGACGAAAACAUUUUGAAGGAUAAAUUUACAAUGUCGGGGCCAGCAAAAGGAGCGAGUUUGACUGAGUUUUGUUUAUUCUCAUUUUGUUUUUAA